AUGUGUUCCCACGACGCGCCCGCAGUCGAGAUUCCUGCCGUCAACGGCACGCCCAAUGGCACCACCAACGGCGUCACCAACGGCCGGCGCCAGCCCAAGCUGCCGUACCAGCAGCACCACAGCGACGAGCGAUCAAACACCGGCCGCUUCCAGAUCAUCGAGAGCACCCUGCGAGAGGGCGAGCAGUUUGCCAACGCCUUUUACGACACAGAGACCAAGAUCAAGAUCGCAACCGCCCUCUCCGACUUCGGUGUCGAUUACAUCGAGUUGACCUCCCCCGUUGCUUCUCCCCAGUCUCGCGCCGACUGCGAGGCCAUCUGCAAGCUCGGCCUCAAGGCCAAGAUCCUGACCCACGUGCGAUGCACGAUGGAGGAUGCCAGGGUUGCUGUCGCAACCGGUGUUGACGGUGUCGACGUCGUCAUUGGCACAUCACAGAUCCUUCGCGAUCACUCCCACCACAAGUCCAUGGCUGAAAUCACCGAGACCGCCAUCGAGGUCGUCAAGUGGAUUAAGAGCCAGGGCGUUGAAGUCCGAUUCUCCUCCGAAGACUCCUUCCGAUCCAACAUUGUCGACCUGCUCAGCCUGUACCAAGCCGUCGACAAGGCAGGAUGCGACCGAGUCGGUGUUGCGGACACAGUUGGCGUUGCCACCCCUCGCCAGGUUUUCAAGCUGGUCCGGAUGCUGAGAGACGUUGUCAGCUGCGACAUUGAGACACACUUCCACAACGACACCAUGUGCGCCGUCGCCAACGCACACGCCGCCCUGGAGGCCGGUGCCACACAUGUCGACACCUCAGUUCUCGGUAUCGGCGAGCGAAAUGGUAUCACCCCCCUGGGUGGUCUCCUGGCCCGCAUGAUCGUCGAGAGCCCCGACUACGUCAAGUCCAAGUACAAGCUGCACAAGCUCAAGGAGAUUGAGGAUCUUGUUGCAGACGUCGUCCAGGUCAACGUUCCUUUCAACAACCCCAUUACCGGCUACUCCGCCUUCUCCCACAAGGCCGGCAUCCACAGCAAGGCUAUUCUUGCCAAGCCCGAGACAUACGAGAUUCUCAACCCCAGCGACUGGGGUGUCAAGAGAUGGAUCCACUUCUCUUCAAGAUUGACUGGUUGGAAUGCCAUUAAGAGCAGAGCCGGCCAGUUGGGUCUGAUUAUCACCGACGAGCAGGCUAAGCAACUUACACAGAAGAUCAAGGCGAUGGCUGACGUCCGUCCCCUUGCUAUCGACGACACGGAUUCUAUUAUCCGUUCGUUCUGCCUUGAGCAUCAACCCGAAGACCAACCCGAUCAGUAG